GAAAUACAAAAGAAGAAGAUGAAGUCUCCGACGCACCCUGUUAUGUACACAAGUUCAGCUUCUACUUUGAUUGUUUUCUAGACGUGUACUGACUGUCUUACUGCCGUGUUGAAGUCAUUUUCAAUGAUUGAAGAUGAAUGAGGACGCAUACGAGGUGCCAGAAAGGACGGAAUACCGCUACCUGGUGCAGGAGGAAGAUGAAGAAGAGGUGCAGUAUGUACGACACAGAACCUACAUCAGUCCCUUCUUGGUGCUGUCCAGACGCUGCAUUGUCCUCAUCUGCCUUGGGGUGCUGACUCUACUGGUUCUGGCCACCUACCUGGGCUAUGUGGCCCAAACGCUCCCUCCUGGACUGGCCCAAGUCACCACUGACUGUGGUGACUACAGAGGAAGACAUAAAAAUGGAGCCUACUCCUUUAAGGGCAUCCCCUAUGCCGCUCCACCAGUGGGUAAUCUGCGCUGGGCACCUCCAGCUGACCCGGUGUGUACCGACAAAGUCAGCGAUGCCAGCCGCUUCCGCAGCAUUUGCCCUCAGGUGCGGCCUUUAUCAAGUUCAGGCAAGCUGAUGGGACAAGAGGAUUGCCUCUUCGUCAACGUGUGGACGCCAACGCUGCAGGCCAACUCAAAGCUGCCGGUCAUGGUCUGGAUCCAUGGGGGAUACCUCCACAUGUUGAGUGGUGGAGAACAUGGCUACUCGCCCACAGAGAAGCUUGCAGCAGAAACGGGGAUGGUUUAUGUCAGCUUUAACUACAGACUCAAUGCAUUUGGCUUCUUGGCGCUGGAGAUACUACGGGAAGGUUCGCCCAAGAACACCUCAGGGAACUAUGGCUUUAUGGACCAGAUUGCUGCUCUAAAGUGGGUCCAAAGAAACAUCCACGUUUUUGGAGGAGACCCUGGCAAAGUCACUAUCUUUGGGCAAAGUUCAGGUGGCACGUCUGUAUGGACCCUGAUGAUGUCUCCGCUUGCAAAGGGUCUAUUCCAGGCGGCCGUGGAUAUGAGUGGCUCGUACGUCUACAAUGCGACGCUGCAACAGGCUGAGUCUGACAAUCUGGUCUUCCUGAAGAAAACAGGCUGCAAAGACCUUCUGUGCCUCAGACAGCUGUCUGUUAAACAGAUAUUACAGGCUGUGCCAUGGCAGCAGUACCCUUCCUGGGCUGCAGAUGACCUGACUGACCUUCCCACCAGAGGGCACUUCUGCGGACCUGUCGCAGUGGUGGACGGGUAUGUCCUGGAAGCGUCACCCUUUGAGACAUGGGAGAAGAAAGGAGCCUAUAAUGAUGUCCCCUUUGUCAUCGGGACCACAGAGCAGGAGACGGACUUCAGCCCUCCAGCUGAAAACAUCUCCAUGUGGACAUGGGAUGACUAUAGCUGGUUUGUGACAGAAAAACUAAAGACUUUUCGAGACGAUCUUCCCAAAGAUGCAUUGGAUCUGUAUCCACGCUCAGACCCCUGCCCCACCAGAGACCGCUGUCCAGAGAGAGCAUAUACAACCAUGGUAUCUGACAUCAGAGUCACCUGUCCUAAUCAUGAUCUGGCCCAGAGGGCUGCAGCGGCCCUUCAGAGCCCAGUGUAUCGCUACGUGGUGACAUACACACCUUCUGGACCAGUUAACACGUCAGCCGGUCUGCUUCCUUUUGAUAGCCGCUUCUCUUUCCACUGCUUGGACGCUAUUGCUUUCUUUGGAGAACUGCAGUUCAUUUUAGGGAAGACACCAUCUGAUGAGGACAAGCGUUUCCAGGACGUCAUAACGAGUCACCUUGUGCACUUUGCCAAAACAGGUAAAAUGGAUAAGGAGUGGCCAGAAUAUCCAGCAGCCACAGCUUUCCUGUCCAGCAGCCUCCAGGUUGCCCGUAACUUUACAUCGGCUCGCUGUCAGUUGUGGAAGGAGAAUGGUCUGUAUGCUUAUGCUUGGAUCAACUGAUGACACCUUACCUCACAGCCACUUUUAUCUUGACUUCAUGUGGCUUUUAAAGGGAAAGAAAACAUUGGACUCUUUUCAACAUUAACAACCAAUCGGUGUUGUUCCAAUUGGCCCUCGCUCAUAAACAUAAAACGGGACAGUGUGUGAGUGGAGCACGUCGUUCCAACUCCGUAAAGUAGGUGACAGUGUUGCUAUAUUUAGCAACCAGUGACCAGGUCCCUUAAAUGACUACGGGUCUAAUGUGAAUAUGCCUUGUUGUCACAUUCUCCUAGAUCAGGGCUUAAAUACAAUGAAAUAAGAAAAUGCAUUUUAAAAAGCAUAAUCAAAAAUAGAAUAAAAAAGUAGUAAUCCUACAAAAAUAAAGAGUCUGAAGUCAUAAAUAUUAAGAGAACAAAAAAGUCGCAAUAUGAAAAACAAACCAAACAAAGGAUAAAGUUGUUUUAUGAAAAUGAUGUAAAUGUUAAUCUUUGUAACAUUGAUGGCAUGCAGCUCAUUUUUUUAUUCAUGCUCCAAAAUAUGAGGGCGUGCUUCUCAGCCGAAAAGGGGUGGAUUGCACGCUGGUGAGGUCUUGCUCCUGGUGGAGGAGUUCAAAAGAUUGGAGUGGGAGAUCAACAUGUGGGCUGUUAUGAUGAAGAAAUUUUAAAUCUUUUGAACAAUAUUGCAUUUUGCAAAUGAAGUGUUAUCGUCCUUAGUACAUGAAGUCUCACUGAUAUAAUUUGUACUCUGCUUAUCACACCGCAUCACACACUUUGAUAAACACUUAUUCACGCUUAUGUUUAAUUUUUAUUUUUUUAUUAUAUCUGUUUAUUUUUGUGAUAUUGAAAAGUAAGGAAAAGAAUUACAGUGGAUCCUUGGUUAGUGCCAGUAAUCCAUUCCAGGUCAGACUCUUAACCAAAACACACUCUAACCAAAUAAAUUUUUCACAUAAGAUAUCAUCGUUCCAAAAAACCUAAAUAUGUUUCAAAAUGUAUAUAAAUAAAUAUGAAUGAUGAAAGAAAAUGAUAAACAAAUGAAUUAACAUUUUAAGUUACUUUUACCUUCAUUGAAGAGUUUUUCUUGAAUUCAGAUGGGUUCAUUUAAUUCACCUCAAUUAAAUGGUCUUUCACUUGUAGAGCGCUUUUCCACCUCAGAGGUGAAGACGAAAUAAGAAAUAAAUAAAUAACUAAAUAAAUAAAUAGUAAAACAUGGCGGUGGUGAAAUUCAGUAUGUCGUCCCUAACUGAAUGGCAUUAUUGGAGAAGUUGUAUGUGUUUUUUCUUUAAGGGAAACGGGUACGUGGAUACGUAUCAACGUAGUUUAGUAUCAAGAGUACUGAUACACUUCAUGUACUUUAUAAGUCACAUUGAAUGCAGGCUUCGGGUGAACGAGAGAACAUUGUACAGUGGAUGUUUUUAUUGAUGAAUUGACAUUUAUUGGCAAAGAGGAAGGAUGCAUAGGAUAAGCGAUGGGAAAUGGGUGGAUGGAUGAAUGAAGGAUGCAUGUUUUUAUUGUUAUAUGCUCUUUUUAGAGAAAUGCCACUCGAUCACGUGUUUGCACUGACUACUAUCCAUGUCAAUUAGCUCAAUCAAUCAAUCUUUUUGCACUUUGUGGUGAGCCAAUGCUAUGGAGCAUGUGUUAUAUUGAAUUUACAUUAAAAGUGAGGGAAAUCAAA